UCCGACCAUCUCAACAUGGCGGUCGUGAAUGACCUUCCCAUCAUGGCGUAGGGCCCCGCCCGCUCCGCCGCGGCCGCGGGCGGGAGCAGUUCCGGGUACAGUUCGCGCCGGGGUGGGCUGGGGGCGGCGUCCUGGCCAUGGCCGGCCUGUCGGACCUGGAGCUGCGGCGGGAGCUGCAGGCCCUGGGCUUCCAGCCAGGACCCAUCACCGAUACCACCCGGGACGUGUACCGCAACAAGCUGCGCCGCCUGCGGGGAGAAGUCCGGCAGCGGGAGGAGGCUCGGCCACGGGGCGAGGAGCGGUUGCGGGAGGAGGCCCGGCUGCGCGAGGAGGCCCCGCUGCGCGCCCGGCCCGCCGCGGCCUCUCUGCGAUCGGAGCCCUGGCUGUCCCCGCUGGCCUCGAGCUCGACCUUCGCGACCUCUGGGGCCUUCGGCGAUCUCGGGGCCCCCGCGGCUUCCUGGUCCGGGAGCCGCGGCCUCGCCUACCCCGCCCGCCCUGCGCCGCUCAGGCGCCGAGUCUCGGUCCGGGGCAGCUCGGAGGAGGACGAGGACGCUCGGCCACUCCCCAGGGCCACGCCGGGUCUCGGGGCCCGUCGCUUGUGGACCGCGUCUCCGACGCGGCUGCCCUCCUCCCUCCAUGACCCCGAACCGCGGCCUGGCCUGCGGGGGACGCGAGCGGGCCCAGCGGGCACGGCACGGGCCCGGCCCGAGGUGGGGCGGCGGCUGGAGCGCUGCCUGUCCCGGUUCCUGCUCUGGGCUAGCCUGGUGUUGCUGCUCGUCUUCCUGAUCAUCCUCUGGGUGAAAAUAGGCAAAUCCUCGGAGCCACAGGAGGCGGAGGACAACAUGAAAUUAUUGCCAGUGGACUGUGAGAAAAAAACAGAUGAGUUCUGUCAGGCCAAGCAGAAGGCGGCUUUGCUGGAGAUGCUGCAUGAACUAUACAACUUCCUGGCCAUCCAAGCGGGUAAUUUUGAAUGUGGAAAUCCAGAGAAGCUCAAAAGCAAAUGCAUUCCUGUAACGGAAGCCCAGGAAUAUUUAGCCAACGUGACCGGCAGCUCCUCUGCCAAGUUUGAAGCUGCACUGACCUGGAUACUGAGCAGUAACAAGGACGUAGGCAUCUGGUUGAAAGGGGAAGACCCUUCGGGAUUGGUGACGGCCGUGGACAAGGUGGUCUGCUUAGAAUCCGCGCGCCCCCGGAUGGGCGUGAGCUGCCGCCUGAGCCGUGCCCUCCUCACCGCCGUCACCCAUGUGCUCAUCUUCUUCUGGUGCCUGGCCUUUUUGUGGGGGCUCCUGAUCCUCCUGAAGUACCGGUGGCGCAAGCUGGAAGAGGAGGAGCAGGCCAUGUACGAGAUGGUGAAGAAGAUCAUAGAUGUGGUGCAGGACCACUACGUGGACUGGGAGCAGGACAUGGAGCGCUACCCGUACGUGGGCAUCCUGCACGUGCGCGACAGCCUCAUCCCCCCACAGAGCCGGAGACGCAUGAAGCGGGUCUGGGACCGGGCCGUGGAGUUCCUGGCCUCCAACGAAUCCCGGAUCCAGACAGAGUCCCACCGCGUAGCUGGAGAAGAUAUGCUGGUGUGGAGAUGGACUAAGCCCUCCUACUUCUCCGACUCUGAGCGAUAAACCCCAGUGGGGGCCAGUCAGCCUGUCCCAGCCAGUCCCCUCGGGGGCUCGAGAGGGCCACCAGACCUGCCGGUGCUGAAUUCACACUUGCCUUGACUGCCACCUCCUGACUCUGGUUCCAGAGGUCUCUGUAAGACUCUUGAGAGAUUAGCUCAGUAGGGAAGUGUGAGCUCUCUUGAAGGGCGAGGAGAGAAGCCAGAGGCCAGGUGGGUAGCUUGUCCUCUGCAUUGGUCCGAUCCUCUCUGGCCUCUUUUGCUGGCAGAAAAGGGGACAAGGGUUUGUUUUUCUUGAAUAGAAAAGAUAAAAGCAGCCGCUAUGAGACCCUGCAGAGCAAGUGUGGGUUGGGUGGGCUGGAGCUGUCCACUGCAGUGACCGCUCGGCGGGGAGGUGGCGUGCCUGUGGGAGGUGGGCGGGGCCGCGGGUCUGGGAGCAGCUUGUCCAUGUGCCUUCAGGGGGUGUCACCUGGGAGCUCUAAGGUGAGGGGAGAAAGCCUGUCCUCCAGCUGAAUCCGGCCUCUUUUAUCCUGAACAGGGGAAGGUGCUAGAAAUUAGAGCGAGUCCUAGAGAAUAACCUAGAAAUGCCCAGCCCUGGCACUCAGGCUCUCAUGUCAGAUGUAAGCUGUUGGCAUGGCCUCCUGGGAGGAACCUGGGGUAGUCACAGAGCCUGAGAGCAGAGGGGAAUGUGGGGACUGCCGCCAGUCCCCAUCCGGGGAGCCCGCCGAAGCAGCCGCCAGGGGUGGACCUUUCCUGUGGUGCUUCUCCCAGAACGUGGUUUUAGACCAGACCUGCAGCCAGGGCACCGCAUCAGGCCGAGCGUGCCGACUCCAGGCACCUGGCAGCCUUGCACUGUCAGUGUGGGAAGAUCACCUUGUUUACAGCGACCACAGUCUCCCCAUCUGGGGCUGUUGAACCAGAACUUCCAACCCACGUGGUGUCUGUGCUGGGAUGAGGCGCGACAGCUGCACUGCUGCCCCCUGCUGGCCACCCGAGAGCCUGCCCGCGGCCGCCUCGGACUUUCCUAGCCAGCCUGGCGGGGGGCAGUCUCCAGAAACAGGCCAGCAGGGGGCCUUGUUAGUUAAGUGCCAGAGCCUCUCCAUCCGAGCCUCCUCCCCAUGUGCGCUCAUCCGCAGCAGGCAGGCGAGGGGGCAAGCCGGGGAGACACAGCAGCUGCCUCAAAGGCAUCAAACACCCCUUUCUGGUCUUAUUGGUAUGUUUUGUUUUUGUAAUAAAGCUCCAGUCACCCUCAUUUGAGCAAUACUCAUUUCCUCUGACGCUGGAAUCUGAGCUCGGGCCCCAGCCCCAUGGCAAAGGAACAGCCUCAUAAUCAGGCUCCAGCCAGAGACUAAGCAACUCACAGGCUUCAUUCACUAUCAGGGUUGAAAGUUGGAUAAAUAAAUGAUUUAUUAAAAAUG